AUGGCUCUUGGCAAUCAGACACAAGUGGCAGAGUUUGUUUUUCUGGGUUUCUCUGGGAUCACAGAUGGCCAGACCUAUCUCUUUGUGGUGUUCUUAGUGAUCUACUUGUUCACCAUGUUGGGGAACAUCAUCAUAGUCAUCCUGAUCCUGCUGGAUUCCCGCCUUCACAGCCCCAUGUAUUUUUUCCUCAGCCAUUUGUCCUGCUUGGAUGUUUGCUACUCCUCUGUCACCGUCCCCAAGAUCCUGGGAAAUCUCCUUCGACAUCAGCACACCAUCUCCUACAACCAGUGCCUGGCCCAGAUGUUCUUUCUGAUGGCUUUCUCAGGUUCAGAGUGCUGGCUCUUGGCCGUCAUGGCUUACGACCUCUAUGCUGCCAUUUGCCAGCCCUUGCGCUACUCCUGCCUCAUGAGCUCACAGGUGUGUGUGCACCUAGCCGCCGUCAUCUGGGUCUGGGGCUUCCUAGACGCAGCCGUUCACACAGCCUUGGCCUCCAAGUUAUCCUUCUGUGGUGCUGUCCAGAUGCACCACAUCUUCUGUGACCUCCCACCACUGCUGAAAAUUGCCUGCGGUGACAAACGUGUCAGUGAAAUAGUGAUGCACGUAGCCACCUUCUUUGCGGGUAUGAGCCCGUUCCUGCUUGUUGUCAUCUCAUAUGUCUACAUCCUGUCCUCCAUCUUGCAGAUUCGCUCCAACACUGGCCGGCGCAAAGCCUUUUCCACCUGCACCUCUCACGUGAUAGUGGUCAUCAUUUACUUUGGAAAUGGACUAUUGAACUACAACCGCCCAAGUGCUGGCUACUUCUUGGAGAUCGACAUCUUGGUCUCCACAGUGUAUUGCAUCCUCACCCCCAUGCUGAACCCCCUCAUCUACAGCCUCCGCAACAAGGAGGUGAAGGGAGCCUUGAAGAAUGUUCUGGAAAGCCAGAGGAAGGUCUAUGCUUCCUCUCAGAAGCAAUGA